AUGGUGGAAGCUAAUGGUGAGAAACCAUUUAGUAAUAAUAUAUUAGGUAAAAAAUUUACAAAGAUUAACAUCGAAAACAAACAAGUACAAAUAAAUGGAAUAAGAGUACGUCAAUACAUCCUAGACCAUUCCAAAAUAGUAGCUAAGUUACGUGAAUCUAUUGGUGACAUCGAAGAAUUUUCUGAUAUUUCACAGGAUAGCUUGCCUACCAAAAGUUCUAUGGAAGAAAUCCCAGUAUUUAACGUUCCUGAAAUGAAGAAAGAAGAAAACGAACCGGAAAAAGCAAUACCAACUCAACCAGAAGAUUUAGUCGCUUCAACCGAUAAAUUGGAAAUAUCUCCCACUUCACCAGAAAAUAACAGAGCUAACAUGACUAAAUUACCUGAAAGCGAUAAAUCCGAAUCUAAUAAUGAAGAAGAUACGUCAAAACCAAUUCCAUCAUCUUCCAAAUACUUGACCUGGGAACAGCGAGAAAAAC